GGCUGCUCAGACCAAGGAGAGAGGAGCCUAAGAUCAGCGGAGGACUUGGAGGAGGCACCGGGUGGGCCUGGCUCCGUCUCAUUCUAAAAACCAGGAUGGGGCAGCAGCUGAGCUGGGAGGAGGCCGAGGCGGCCGGGGAGAUGGACGUGGCGGAGCUGCAGGAGUGGUACAAGAAGUUUGUCGUGGAGUGUCCCAGCGGGACGCUCUUCAUGCACGAGUUCAAGCGCUUCUUCAAGGUCACGGGCAACGAGGAGGCCACCCAGUAUGUGGAGGGCAUGUUCCGAGCCUUCGACAAGAAUGGGGACAACACCAUUGACUUCCUGGAGUAUGUGGCAGCCCUGAACCUCGUGCUGAGGGGCACCCUGGAACACAAGCUCAAGUGGACCUUCAAGAUCUAUGACAAGGACCGCAACGGUUGCAUCGACCGCCUGGAGCUCCUGGACAUUGUGGAGGCGAUUUACAAGCUGAAGAAAGCCUGCCGUGUGGAGCCGGAUCUGGAACACCAGGGCCAGCUGCUCACGCCUGAGGAGGUCGUGGACAGGAUCUUCCUCCUGGUGGACGAGAAUGGAGACGGCCAGUUGUCUCUGACGGAGUUCAUUGAGGGCGCCCGUCGCGAUAAGUGGGUGAUGAAGAUGCUUCAGAUGGAUGUCAACCCGGGUGGCUGGAUCACGCAGCAGAGGCGGAGAAGCGCCAUGUUCUGAGAGCCCAGGGACUCUACGGGGGCCCACAUUCCCCUCCAAGACUCCUCCAGGGUCCCCAGGGUUUUACAACGUAGCAGGAGGCCCCUGGCCUUGUUGGCUGAAGCCUGUUCCGGGUUGGUGUGGACUCCCGCAAGGGACCAAGCAAUGGCUGCUGGAUCUGAAGCAGGGGUUCACCAAUCUUCAGGAUUCACUAGCAUGGUAGGGGUCUGAUGUUACUCUGUUCCACGGCUGUUCCUGGAAGAACUGGGUUUUAACUGGGAGAUCCUACUAAACUUCAGCGAAUCUCAGAGGAAAUGGGGCCGGCGAGGGGUAGAGCAAAGGCUGGUAGAACAUAGUUUGGAAAGAAAGCAGGGAUGGGGAAGGAUCAUAAUGACCCAGUCCAGCCAACCUGAGCACCGGCUGGGGAGGACUCUCCCCAGGGCGUCCUCAGCAAGGAUGACAAAGGAGAAGGCUACCUCCAUGAUCUUCUGCCCUUAGAGACCUGGCGGGCUUAUGGGGGAUGUUUCAGGUCUCCUUGGUGCUGCUCCCCAGUUCCUUCUCCUCCUCCUCUCUCUAGUGUGAGCCUGCUACCAUUUCCAUGCCUCCUUAAGGACGGAGACGUCUUCUCUGCAUCUCUGGGGGUAACCUGGCAUUUGAGUUCCAGGCCAGACUUGGCCUCCGACAGCUGUUGGACUCUCUAACCUCCUUUGGGUCGACUAGGUGGCUGUUAGGUUACCACAUAAGCGUCCUUCAUGCACCCCAUAUAGAAGCUAGGCUACCACAGAACCUCUCUGCCUUUCUCUGCCUCUUUCCAUCUGUGCAGCUAUGGAAGGCACCUCCGAGGACAGGAAGUAGGACCAGUGUCACACUUAGCAAUUCUAGCUGGAGCCUGGUGGAUUAUUGGUGUGACCUUGAAUAGAUAGAGAUUUCACAUUAAAAUACAGUCAAC